AACCUCCCUUUUCUUAUAGUUUAUUUUGGGGGAGAGGGGGUGGUAUGCAUGUGCUGGAUCUCCUAAUUACCUCUUACAAAGGGACCCGAUGUCCGUAAGAUUAUACCCGAUUCGUUUCUGCUAAGUGCACCGUCGGCCAAUGGUACGCAUAUGGAAACAAGGGUUGACGACAGCACAUGGAAAGCGGUGAUGGAAAUGUCGUUGGAUAUGCCUUUCGAUCGAAUGAAGAAGAUCGAUCACGAAACCAUGGUCUCGGCGGGUCUGGAGGGCGAGAUUCUUCGAUUGGAUGAACAAGCUGUUCACGAUCGAUAUAAAUUUGGCGUGAUCUAUGUCAAGGAAGGCCAAACCAAGGAAGAAGAAUGGUUGUCCAACAACCAUGAUUCCGAGAAGCUGGAUCGAUUCUUGCGGAUCAUUGGACGUCGUGUCGAACUGCAAGGAUACAGUGGCUGGGCAGCAGGACUGGACACAAGAAGUGGAGACUCGGGCGAACACACGUUUGUGGAAGAAUGGAGAGAACACAACAUAGCAUACCAUGUCUCUUCUCUCAUACCCUCGCGGCCAGGAGAUAAGCAGCAAGUGCAAAAGAAGCGCCACAUCGGGAAUGAUAUCGUGUGCGUUGUCUUUGCCGAAGGAAAACAGCCUUUUAACCCUGCAGCGAUCAAGUCACAAUUUCUGCAUGUAUUCAUCGUGGUGCAUGAGGAAGAGUGGGAAGGGAGAGUCUGCUGGAGGUGAGUAACUUAUGCAGGGACACCACACACGCACACACACACAUACGCACACACGCCCAAAUAGAAUGAAAACGAGUUGGCUGGUGCUUAACUCUGUUAUCCCCAUCUUUUGGCCGAUCCAUCUAACCAUCGUCCUUCCCUAUCUACCUACUACUACUACUCCCUGCAAAAUAGGGUUGAGGUAGCCAUGGCAGAGCCUGUACCGACAUUCAGCCCUCCUUUACCCGACAAGUCUAUAUUCUUCCACGCGUCCGAGCUGCGCUCCUUCAUCCUUGCCAAACGUAAGUUCUUUGGAAAGGGAAAGGGGAAAAUAUGUGUGCUCUGGG